AUGAGCCACGACGAAGAGCAGCACGAGAAUCAAGAGGAGUUUGUCGAUAUCAACGAUAUCGCCGAGGAAGUUGCAGACGACAAUGGUCCUGACCCACAAGAUGACAACGACGAUAACGACAUGGACAUGGAUGGCCACGAGAACGAAGAAAGUAUAGAGAUUGAUCUUGCCAACAACUCAUGGACGUAUUUCGACCAGCACAAGGACUCCAUCUUCACAAUUUUCGAGCAUCCAUCCUUGCCUAUGGUGGUCACUGGAGGUGGCGACAACACAGCAUACAUGUGGACGACCCACACACAGCCGCCCAGGUUUGUGGGAGAGUUGCUGGGCCACAAGGAAAGUGUGGUUUGCGGAGGAUUCACGGGAGACGGCAAGUUUGUGGUGACAGGAGACAUGAACGGGUUUAUUCAGGUGCACAAGUCCACCAAGGGAGGACAAAAGUGGGUGAAAUUCGGAGACUUGGAAGAAGUCGAGGAGGUGUUGUGGAUCACAGUGCACUCCUCAGCACCUUACUUUGCAUUUGGUGCCACUGACGGCUCGGUGUGGGUGUACCAGAUCGACGAGGAGUCGAAGUCGCUUGUUCAAAUCAUGUCUGGCUUCUCCCACACGCUAGAAUGUAAUGCUGGUGUCUUUGUGGGCACAGAAAAGACAGAUGAGUUGUUCUUGGUGACCGCUUCUGAGGAUGGGUCCAUUGUGAUGUGGAAUGGCUUCACCGGUGCUGUUCAGUAUAAGUUGCAACCACACGAUGACUUUAAGGGCGUCGAGAGCCCCUGGGUGUCGUUGAAGCUGCAUGGCGUUGUUGUUGCUGCUGGUGCUCGUGACGGGCAGUUGGCAAUCAUCAACUUGGAGACGGGGAAGAUCGUGCAGCACAUCAAGACGAUUGAGAAUGUCGAGGACAUUGCCGAUCUCUCAAUUGAGGCACUUGCGUGGUGCAAGAACAAAGCUGUUCCACUUUUGGCUGUGGGUCUUGUUUCAGGCGAUGUGCUCUUGUUUGACUCCAACCUGUGGCGGUUGAGGAGAACCCUCAAGGUGGACGACACCAUCACCAAGCUCCAGUUCAUUGGCGACCUGCCCGUGCUUGUGGGCUCGAGCAUGAACGGGAAAUUGUACAAGUGGGACGCUCGGACGGGAGACGAGUUGUUUGUUGGUGUGGGCCACAACAUGGGUGUUUUGGACUUUGCCAUUGCCGACAAUGGCAAGGCAUUGAUCACGGCUGGAGACGAGGGCGUUUCGUUGAUAUUCCGUCCAGAAGCUUAA